AUGGGCGGUAACAAAGUUACAGAUAAACACGGUAAUAUUAUUAAACCUGGCAACUAUGUUAGCACCAAAAUCCGCGGCGGGACGCAUGAAGGACAUGUGGAAGAGAUAAUCACGGACAAGGAACGAGCGGAAGAGGUUGAUGUGAAAAAUCCGCCAAAAGUACGCUUCGAGAACAAGGAUGGUAAAAUGGUGGCACACAACCCAGGCACCUUGGAAAUAAAUGACGCGCAAUAA